AUGUCUCGCAUGUGGGAGGUUGAUCCGGAGACGAAGACGAAGGCCUCCCCCAAAUUCGGAACAUUUAUCUGCCUCAACUGCGCGGGCACCCACCGCGGGCUGGGUGUGCACAUCUCAUUCGUUCGCUCAAUUACCAUGGACGCUUUCAAGCACGCCGAGAUCCAACGCAUGGAACUCGGGGGCAAUGAGCCCUGGAAGUCCUUCUACGAUAACCAUCCCGUCACCGUAUCCGAGGGCCGCACAUUCGAGGACUCGACGAUCAAGGAACGAUACGAUGGUGAUGCCGGAGAGGAGUGGAAAGAGCGGUUAUCUUGCAAAGUAGAGGGCCGAGAGUACGUGCCCGGCCAGGAGAAGAAGAAUGCUGCCGCCUCGCGGUCUAGCACGCCAUUGAGCACUGCGGGCUCAGGCGCUGGUAUGGCCGCCCGCUCGGGGUCGCCUGCUACUUCCUUGGGGCGAUCUGAUAGCCAGCGCGGUGGACCGGCGAGUAAGAAAGAGCAGAACGAGUCAUACUUUGCGAAGCUGGGGUCUGAGAACGCUACCCGGUCUGAUGCACUUCCGCCGUCACAAGGAGGGAAAUUCACUGGGUUCGGGGGCGGGUUGCCUCCACCUUCUGCGAGUGAACGUCGGCCAUCGCCUUUUGGAGGAUUUGGCGGGAAUCAAGCCUUUGAUGAUCUCCAAAAAGACCCCAUGGGCACACUGACCAAGGGCUUUGGAUGGUUUGCCUCGACAAUCGGCAAGGGCGCGAAGACGGUGAAUGAUUCAUACUUGCAGCCCACGGCGAAACAGCUCGCAGAGUCCGACUUUGCUGCUCAGGCCCGCACGCAAGCCGCCAGCUGGGGUCAAAACCUACAGGCCGGUGCUAAAGGAGCCGCAGACCAGUUCAAUCGUUUCGUCGAAGGAGAGGAGGAUGGCCGUGCCGCCAAUCGCCGUUCUCGCAUCGAGCCCGAGCGCAGGGAUUUCUGGGACGAUUUCUCGUCAUUGGCCUCGGAACAACACCAAGCCUCAGGGCAUCAGCGCAGCGGCUCGCGGUCUGGUACCAUCGGCACCGCGGCCAUGCGAAAAGGGCCCGUGCCAACAUCGUCGCUGUCCAACACUUCCUCUACAGGCGAUGCCACGGCCUCUUCUGGAACCGGCGGGGUAGAGGGCGCGGAGGGAGCUACUGCUGCGUCCACGGGUAAAGGGAAGGAGGACUGGGAUGAGAACUGGUAG